AUGGUGCCAACAACGGCUGCAUGCUUAUCGACGUCCAGCUGGGCAGAUGCUGGCUGCGAGCGUGUCAUUACCGAUAAGUAUAUGGCAAAAUAUAAGCAAGGGAAAAAUGCCAAAUAUGCUGAGAACGUGGUCGACGAUGACGAUGACGUGCCUGUAUUCGCCAGGAAAGUUUGCGAGACCACUAAAGAGAUCGACCAACCAAUCCACGCUUCUACGUUUCCACUUGAUAAUAAGCCGUUCAGUGCUAUCAAUGCUGACCUUGUACCAGCUUUUAUAGACGAUCCUAAAGAAUUUUUCGAUGAGUUUGGUUUCCGGAAAAAAGAUGACUCUCCAUCCUCGUCUGACAAUAGAAGCGAUAUCGAGGAUAGUGCACAUAGGAUGAAAUUCGUAGCUGCACUAGAACAUGCACAUGCGAAUCUUAAGGAGGAACUAACCUGGUCUAAAGUCGACGUGGAUUCAUUGCGUUCCGAUAAAAUUGAGGAACUCAUUAAAGCAGGAGGUGUUCCCCAUUCGAUGCGACCCUAUUUAUGGCCGAGAUUCGCCGGCGCUACGAAUAAGCGCAUCGCCGCGGGCUAUUCUUAUGAGGAAGUUCUUCGGCAAUCCGCUCAGGAUAAACCUUCCAUAGGGGUCCAAAUUGAAAGAAGUCUAUUGCGUACUUUGCCUAACAAUAUCUGUUUCUGGAAGAAGAAUGGCGCUGGCGUUGAUGCAUUAAGGAGAGUUUUAAAAGCAGUGGCUUUUAUAUAUCCAGACCUUGGAUACUGUGAGGGGAUGGGUGUCAUUGUGGCCAUCCUGCUAUUAUUCUGCUCCGAGGAAACUACAUUCUGGAUGAUGACAGCUCUAAUCGAAGAUAUUCUACCACCUAACUACUACAGUCAAACAUUGUUGGGUGUUCAGGCAGAUGAGCGAGCUACAAGACAUUUAAUGAAAUCACAUGUACCUGAUCUCAAUAAAAUUCUGGAUGAAUUAGAUGUUGAGGUGUCAUUGGUGACCGUUAACUGGUUAUUAACACUGUUUGCAUCGGUUUUUCCAACACGGACCUUAUUACGUGUCUGGGAUUUCGUUUUCUUUACAGGAAGCGUUAGUAUAUUUCGGAUUAUAAUUUCAAUAAUGAAAAUGAAAGAGGAUGAGAUAGUAGAAUUGGGAAGAAGUUCCAAAUCCUCAGCUGACCUCUUCAAUGCCAUCAGUCAACUCCCACAAUCGGUAGUUGAGGUCGAUAAACUCAUCGAAUACAUGACAUCGUUUGAGUUCACAAUUACUGAACACCUUAUCAAUGAGUUACGCAAAAAGUACCAGGCUAUUCUAAUGGCUGAUCAAGGUAUGAUUGUAAAUACGACCACAGAUACAAAUUUACCAAAACAAAAGGUUCAAAGAAGAAAACUGGCCCGAUCAAAAAGUAUUAUCCAACAGAUUUUUCAUUCGAAAGAUGGAGAAAAUGAUCCAAAGCUGAAAAACGUCCGUCAAACAGAAAUUCUUGUCGAUUUGAAGGAUUCCGUGCUACAGAUUUGUCGAUACUUCAUUAGCUGCGACGAGAAAAUGGAAAUGAAUAUUUCGACGAAGGCUGAUUACAGUCCAGAAUCGCAUGCUCACGAUAUCGAUAACUUCUUGGCUGGACGCCGUGAAGGACAUAAAAGAGCCAGGGCUCUUCUGGACUUCGCAAGGCAAGACGAAGAUGAACUUGGGUUCAGAAAAAAUGACAUCAUAACAAUAAUUUGUGAAAAAGACGAGCAUUGUUGGGUUGGUGAAGUGAACGGCCUUCGUGGAUGGUUCCCAGCAAAAUUUGUUGAGAUAGUCGAUGAGAGAGGAAAAAAUUAUACUGUUUACGGAGAUGAAGCAGUUUCACCGGAAAUCACUGAGUAUAUCAGAGGUCGUCUAGCGAACAGUUUUCGACAAGUUAUGGAUCAUGGAAUCAUGGAAAGUGUACUCUAUCCGUCAACAGCGUAUCAUCCAUGGUCAUUCAUUGAGGACAUUGCCUAUUACUCUGUGGAGAAGCACUUCAACUCGGUGUACUCUCGUCUAACAUUGUGCAACACUUUCAAACUGGAUCAGGACGGAAAAAUUCUUACUCCAGAAGAGUUAUUAUUUCGAUCCGUUCAACUAAUCAAUGAUUCACAUAAUGCUGCUAAUGCUCAUCCUGACGUUAAAUUAAGAUCGUUAUUAGUGCUUGGCGUAAAUGAGCAAUGUCUUCAUUUAUGGUUUGAUCUAUUCUGCUCAUCUGAACAUCAAGAAGCGAUACGCAGCAAAUACUAUCAUCCGUGGGCAUUUAUACGUACACCCGCAUGGCGACAGAUAAAAUGUGAUUUGCGACUACUCAGUCAAUUCUCCUUCAAUCUAAGUGUUGACUUCGAAAUCGAAGGAAUUGAGAAAAAAAAGAAAAAAUCGAGCACAGGGAUGAUGACAAGUACAAAAAAGAAGAUGUUAUCCACAGUUAUGGCUGGUGAACUGAAACAAAAUGGUGAAGAACCGUUGAAGAAAGGUGUCACGGAUAUGCUAAUCAAACAUCAUUUAUUUAGCUGGGAUUUGUAG